UUAGCAUUUGUUGCGUCGAAUGUUAUGAAGUGAGUGAAGUUGAAGUAGCAAGAUAGAGACAACCAACUAGUUAAGCUACCUAAAAAAUAUAGAGGCAAGCAGCCAACUAGCCCAUGGAUAUUGAAGUUGAGGUAAUUUCUAGAGAAACCAUCCAGCCAUCUCCUCCCACUCCCCAUCACCUUAGAACCCACAAGCUCUCAUCUAGAGACCAGCGCUCUACAUUUCUUCACAUGCCAGUGGUUUUCUUCUAUGCCCCCAGUACUAUUCAUGCAACGUUUGGUGGUGGUGGUCGUGACAACGGUCAUAAAUAUGAUGACGUGUUCCAUGAAAUAUCCCAACGUCUAAAGGUUUCGCUGUCUGAAACCCUCACUCACUUCUACCCACUUGCUGGAAGAUUGAAAAACAAUCUCUCAGUCGAUUGCAACGAUGAGGGAAUUGAUUUUUUUGAAGCUCGUGUCAUCAACAACUGUGGUGUCUCCGACAUUCUUGAACGACCCAGUAUUCAAGGCAUGGUCCCUUUGGCUCCACCCCAACCCACAGACUAUAACAAUGCCCCUGUGUCAAGCGUUCAAGUCAACUUUUUUCCAUGCGGCGGAGUGGCUAUUACCGUGCAAGUUUCCCACAAGAUCGCUGAUGGAGCUUCCUAUUUCUCAUUUAUCAAGGCUUGGUCUGAAAUUGCCCUUGGAUCCCCCAACACCGUAGUCCCAGAUUUCACUGCUGUCUCCUCUCGCUUCCCCCGAAUAGAGGACUUCCCAGUUACAUCGUUAACAUUCAGUGGAAAGGGCCCAAAGGUCGUUACAAAGAAGUUUGUGGUCGUUGCCUCAAAAAUCGUUGACCUCAAGGCCAAAACUGCGAGCGCGAGCGUGCCACAACCCACCCGUGUCGAGGCUGUCACAGCGCUCUUUUGGAAAUGCGCACUGGUUGCAUCCAGAUCAAGAUUUGGUGGGAAUCGAAAGUCGUAUAUGUUGAUGGGAGCGAUAAACUUGCGGUCAAAGCUUAAACCACCUUUACCAAAACAUAGUUUUGGAAAUGUAGCCGGAAUGUUCCAGAUAAUAAUUGAUAACGAUGACGAUGACUACGAGAGUGAAGUAACAGACAUGUCGGGGUUGGUGUGUAAGAUGAGGAAAGGGGUUGAAGAGUCUGUCAUGCAGCACAAUAAUUUGUCUACCAAGGCAACACCGCAGGCGAAGAAGGAAUAUGAAAUGGAGAUGUAUUACCAUAGCAGCUUGGGUGGAUUUUCUGUAUAUGAAGCGGAUUUUGGAUGGGGGAAGCCGACAUGGGUGGGGAUUGUUGGUCAGGAUUCUAUUAGGCCACCUGGAAUGACAUUGAUGGAUACAAGAGAUGGUGAGGGAGUAGAAAUUUGGUUGACUCUAAUUGAAGAGGACAUGGCCAUAGUUGAAGCUAACCAGGAGUUGCUGUAUUAUGUCUCACCAAACAGAGCUGCUCUCUAAAACAACUAGUCCAGUCCUGUGGAUGGAUGGUCAAUGAUGGUUUCAUUAUUAUCUUUCUGCCUAUGUAUUUCCAAGUUUUAUGUAUUAAGAAUUAAUGUCUUGUUUGUAGCCCUCUGUGAGUCAUGGUGAUGACUUGCUAUCUUUGUUUGGCGGUGUUUGGAAAAAAAACUUUUUGGGUUUUUUUUUUGAUUUUUUUC